UUUUGACGCUUGAUUUUGACGUCAGAGCCGCUUUCCGUGACACAUGUUUUGAAGGAGUCGAUUUUUCCCUGUAAAACAUCUCGGAAUGGACACAUAUUUUCAUGGAUAAAGACAACAUUUUACAUGGAAAUAUACUGGUUUAUUUAGAUAUUUCAUGAUUUCUAAUAUGCCGUCUCUCUCAUGUUAGUCUGUAAUAGCUGUCACAUCUAAUCAUGGCUCUUCCGGAGAAGAAUGAAGUUACAGCAGACCUAGAAACACAAGCCAUGGUCAGUGAAGAAGAGUUAAAUUACUCUAAACAAGAGGAAGAUGAGAAGGAGAAUGAAGAUGCUGAUCAAGAGAUGAACUGUGAAGAUGACAAUGAUGAUGGUGAAGCUCUUGACCUGGAUCUACAUGAAGAAGAUGAGCCUGAGAAACCAAAGGACAGGACAUGUAUUCCAGUUGUGUGGCUUUUAGCUGAUGUCCAUUAGCUCUGGGGUCAUCUAUAUAUGAGAGUAAUCCUGAAAAUACUAAAUUAAACCAUUAAACCAAGCAAACUUUUACAGCUUAAGUCUCUUAUUCUUACUGAGGCCAUGUUUAUUUGAUCAGAAUUACAGUUUUCUAUUUUAAUAUGUUUUAAAAUGUAAUUUAUUACCAUGAUGCAAAGCUGAAUUUUCAGCAGCCAUUACUGAAGUCUUCAGUGUCAUGUGAUGAUCCUUCAGAUGUUCUGCUCAAGAAAGGUUUCUAAUUAUUACUGAUGUGGAAAACAGUUGUUUUUGUGGAAAACCAUGAUGCACUACCAUUUUGGGGUACAAAAGUUUGACGUAAGUAAGCCUUUUUCCAGCUAGGAUGCAUUCAAUUGUUAAAAAGAGACAUUUAUUUGUUACAAAAAUUUCUCUUUCAAAUAAAAUUAUGUUCUUUCUAUUUAUCAAAGAAACCUGUAAAAAAAAAAAAAAGAAGCAUAAUU